CUCCCUGGAAAGAUGGCGUACUAUGGAAAAUGCAUCAAAGCUGUGAUCGAGCAACUGGACAGAUUUAACCCUAGGAAGGACAAGCCCGAGCAGUUCCUGGAGGCCGCGUCCACCUCCAUGCAGACGCUGAGCCCCCAGAAGCAGGCGUUCGUCCUGGAGGUGCUGUCUGGGUGCCUCGAGUACCACAAGCUGCUGGCGGUCGUCGUGGACGCCUUCUAUGUGCGGGACGGCCGGCUCUGCCUCUGGGCCGACUACAGCCUCUUCCGGGUCAUCUGCUACCUGGCCACUUUCCAGCUGGAGGAGCUUGGCCUCCAGCUCUUCUGUGACAUCGUCAGGUCCCAGCCUGCAGACAAGAUGCACAAGUUCCUCAGGUUCUUCUUCAACCCCUUACACCUGUGCUCGUGGAUCAAGGACGAGUGGAGCCUCAUCCACGAGUCGGCCCACGUGAAGGAGAACUGGAUCGAUCCUCUGAUGAGAUGGCAGCCGGAAGUGCAGGAGCUGAUCAACCAGCUGGAGCAGGUGUUGGCCAAUCAGCCCCCUCCCUCAAAGACGAAAGCCAAGGUCACAGAGCCCAAGAAGUUCAACCUGACCGUCCCCAGGCCCCGUGCCAUUCCAGUGCCCGAGCCAGUCCCUGUCGUGGCCAAGCCAAGACCAGUCCCCAGGAGCACCUACCAGCUGCCCGAGGAGCAGCAGAUUCUAGAGAUGACCAAGAGGUGCAACCGCCGGAAGGCGGAGGUGGGACUGGGGGGGCCCGGGUCUUACCGGGGCGGGGGACUGUCCCGGCAGACGGCCAAGCUGAUGCAGCAGUGCGCCGAGCAGCGCCUCCGAGAGCAGCGGUCCGUGGAGCAGCUGGUGCAGCAGGUGACGGAGGGCCAGAAGAACAUCAAGCUGGUGCAGAUGAAGCUCCUGCAGGGCCGGCGGCAGACAGUCCAGGAGGUGAUGGAGGAGAGCCGCGGGCUGCUGCAGCGCAGCGCAGAGGCGGCCGAGGACCAGCAGAGGCAGCGCUGCCAGCUCGUCUCCCAGCUGCGAGCCCUGGAGACACUGCCCGUGCGCAAGGGCAAGCUCGUGGACCUGACCCAGACGCCCGGGUACGGCCUGGAAGGGGAGAUGUCCGUGGUGGAGCUGCGUGAGCGCCUGGCCCUGCGCGGCGAGGCCCGCAGGCGAGAAGAGCGGGAGAGGCGGGACCAGAUCCUCCGGAGCAAGCGCGCGCGGAGCCAGGAGCUGCAGGACGCGCUGGAGCAGGUGGCGCUGUGCCGCUCCGCCGCCGGGAGGUCUGCCGCCCUCAGGUGGGUCCUGCGGGGUCUCCCGCAGCAGCCCCACCCUCCGGCCCGGCAGUGCCCUUGCAAUAACUUCCCCACCCCUACAAUUUUUUCAGACAACUUUCAGGCAUACGGAAAUGGCAAGGACAUCGCACAGCAAUGGCUUGGAUGUCCCUGA